AUGCGCUUGUAUCCCAACAUCCCUUAUCAGACUGUCGAGUUCACUCCUGCUGGUGACCACGCAUACAUCACUGCUGAGAAUGCCAUGGACAUCCACGGCUAUAGGUGCGGCUCGAAGCACUGCGAGAAGAAAACAUAUGUCAUCCAAAUGACUGAAUGGUCCAAAUACAGAGUUGGCCGAGCCAGGCUCAUCUGUCCAGGUUGUAAGACAACGUUCUCUAACAGAGAGACCAACCAUGAAACCCUGCUUGAAUUCUCCCGUGCUAUGUUCGGGUUCCCUGUCUUUGACCUAUGGAACAGCCCUCAACGAAAAUUUGGCAAGCAAGGUCUUGUGGACCGGAUUUUGGCCUUGACUCGGGUUCAAGGCCUAAUUCCAGACCAUACCUCCCGCUAUAUGAAGUUCCUGCCGCUUAUGAAGGAACAUAAAUGUACUCUUGUCCCGACGCUCGACAUCGAUCUCCUCUGGCACACUCACCAGCUCUCACCACUUGCGUACGGCAAGUACUGUAAGACGCAAGUGGGGCGAUAUAUUGACCAUGUCGAUACCAUCUGCACAGUGAUGCGCUCCACAGGGGAGGGCGACACAGCGAGCCUCUGGGCAAAGCGAUACGGCGAGUCCUACUUUGACCCAGAAAAUACGGCCAAGAAGGCCGAGAUCGAACGAUGUAAAGCCACGUGUAAGCAGAAGGGGGAGGCCAUGGUGGCCAAACUGACCGCGUACGACGACAGCCACGAAUAUAUGAAGAAAGAGAUCGACGAGAAAUCCGAACGUCUCGCAGCCAAGCAGGCCAGCAUACGCGACACACAUACGGCGGUGAGCGCGCUCAACGCGGCGGUAGCGAACCUAGAGACAGCGAGAGAGUUCGUCAAGCCGACAUUGCGGCUACUCGAACUGCGUUACUACCGCCGGUCGCAAAAGGAGCAGCUGUGGAAGCUAGAAGAUCAACACCGGUCGCUGGUGGAGGAGUCUAUACACAAGCGGCGCGAGGUGGAGAGUCUCGAAUAUGAGAUGGCACGGGAGCAGAGGCCGGACUAUAAGGGAUGGGAGGAGGUGCAGAAGGCGAGGCGGCUCUUGUCGAAGCGGCUCGUGUUAGAGGUGGCCUUAGAAACAAAGGCAAUCUGGAAAGAGCAGCUAGACAAUGAGGAGCGGUAUGACUGGUCGUGGUACUCGAUCGUGCCAUCAGAGGUGCAGCCUUGUGUGCAUCCCAUUGUGGAUACAGCGAACGGCGGAAGUGCGUACAUCCAGACGUGGGAGGAUACAUAUAACCCACCGCGUAGCUACGCAAGGUAUUCUAGGAGAGAUGGCAGCGGAGCAGGAGCAGCAGGAGCAGCAGCAGGAGGAGGAGGAGGAGGAGGAUACGAUGGAGGAGGGUGCGGUGGAGGCGGAUCCGGGUCCGGGGGCGCUGGCGCUGGGGGCGGAUGCGGCGGAGGAGGAUGCGGUGGUGGAUGCGGCGGUGGCUAA